AUGUAUAAAACAGAAAAUAACCUUUUUUUAAGAAAUAUUUCUCUUUUAUUAUUUCAAAGGCAAUCAGAUUCUGAAAUAAUAUUUAAUGCUUCUACUAAAUUUACUGGAGCUGGACGUGUUUGGCUUCUUUCAGAAGCUGCUAGUAAUGCAAAAAAUAUUCCAAAAGGGGCAUUAAGUAUUCGACUUAAACAGUCAAUGAUUUCCUCUUUAAGAGAUGGUUUGGCUGUUGCUAAAGCUGGAAUUAAAUCAUUUAAACAAAAUAAUUCUUUAAAAUUUAAUCCUCCAAAAGGAUGUCAACAUUCUGUUUCUGAAUGGACAAAUUUUGCUGAAGAAAAACUUUUCGAUGAAUUAAAACGUCAACCAAUUUAUGAAACUUUGAGUGGAGAACAAAUAAAUUUUAAUGAAAGAGGCGAUAGAAAGGGAAUGACAUAUGAAAUAUUAAAUGCUAAAGAAUUUGGUGGACCUCUUGUAGUUGUUGGAAAUUUAAAUGGACGGGGAGAUUUAAUUUUGGAUGAUAGAGCAAUUAUUUGGCCUGGAGGAUUGAGAAGAAAACCCUCAGAAUUAACACUUCCAAAACAUUUAAGAGUUACUUUAGUUGUUGAUCCGCCUUUUGUAUAUGCAUUUAAAGGUAAAUAG